AUGACGCUAGCGGACGUGGCCAGCGUGGGGGCCGGGCGGUGCGCUGCAGGCCAUCUGCCGGCUCCCCCGGACCCAGGAGUCUGCGCGCUCCGGCAGGGGCCUCAAAGGGCGAGCCCGCAGCUCCAACAAAAUACGCUGAGCUCCCCCCGCAAUGGUGCUCGUUUUCUGCAGGGGGAUGUUGGGAGUGGAUGGGGUUCCCACUCCCCUCUAGCUUUCCUUCCCCAGUUAGAAGAAGAAAGUUUUGCUCGAGGCAGGCACAUUUCAAAUGUGUUAGUCAACCUUUCAGGGUUCUCCAUCCUGUUCUCCACUUAUAGAAGGCUUCCCCCCUCCCAAGUCGCCCCUUCCCCCAGGGGAAACUCUUGCAGACGUCUGACUACGGAUUCCCUCAGUAGCAAAGAAACAUUUCCCCCCCAACAUUUCCUUUUGAAAUGGUAUUUUUCAGUGACCUUUGACCUAUCCCCAACCCCGGUUAAGAGAGAGCAUGGACAGGAAAGGUCACUCCUGCCCCAAUUUCAGCACCUGGGGACGUUCAUCUUCGAGAAGGGAAAAGGAAAGGCGGCCCUUCUGGAGGCGGCUUCUUUGGGAGCUCCAGGCUUCCAGCGAUGGGGAGAGGAGGGGCUCCUGUCGGGAAGGAGGUGGAACGUGAGAGGGUCCGUGCUGGCAUUGCGAACGAUCUGCCUUCCGAACCAAAGGGCGUCCUUUCCCCUGGCCUCACUCCUUUGUUGGCUUCUUCAGCCCGGGUUUGCGCAACCCCCUUGGCCGCAGGGCUCGCGCCACAAAGCGCCCCGGGCCGCAAUCGCUCCCCUUCCUCUGCUAGUUCUCGGCCUCUGCGCUCCACUCCUUCCACUUCUCUUCCUCCCUCCGGGCCUCAUUCCAGAGCCAGCACGGGUGGGGGUGUUUUUCUUGGGAUCACAUGCAUGCGCUUGCACACCAGCCCGCAAGCGCUCGGGGCCGCGACCGACCCACCUCCGCGCACUGCUCCCGGCUCCCGGCUCCCGGCUCCCGGCUCCCGGCUCCCGGCCCGCGGGACUCUCGCAGCCCAGGCGGCUCCGCCCCGGCUGGCCGCCCGGAGCGCUGCUCUCCGGUGUGGCUUACAAAGGCAGGCUCCUCUGGCCUCGGGCCCGUAAGGCUUCCGUAGCUCGGUUCUUUCCCCACCCCCACGAAAUCCUGGGGCUCACUCCGCCUUGCAGAAGACCCUGGGCCUCGGGGCGUGUAGGCCAGCGCCCCACGACUCGAGCUGAAGUCCCUUUAAAUGCCCCGGGAGAGUGGGCGAGAGGAGAGCUCGAUCGCUAUUUAAACGAGGACCUGCGAGCGGCUUGCUGGGCUCAAAGCGCCUCUUCCAGGGCUCUGCUCUUAGCAAGGGAAGGAGCUAGGAGGAGACAAAACGCUGCCGAGGCCCGGAGCUGUUCAUGGCAUCCGCGGCUCAGCCAAGCUGUUGUUUUAAAAGAGCAAUAAAAAUGAAUUAUGACUAAACGCCUUCUAACUUAAUGCUUUCGGAUGGGGAUCCCCGGCAAAUACGUCUGUUUGCCUGGACCCAUCAACAGCUGGGAGACUAAUCAACCACACUGAAAAUGUUUCCGGGAUUGUGGGGGAGGGGUUGGAAUGUAGAUGUUUGAAACAAAUGUGUAUAAAUAAAUGAAUUUUGAUAACUUA